UCGAGAAAGCCCUAAAACCCUUCCGAGCUUUCAAUUUCUUCAUUAGCAGAAACACUCGCUCUCUCCGCCAUUUUGAUUCCACCUUUGUUAUUUGAAAAAGAAAGGGCUAAUCGAAGAUGUCGCUUCGAGUGUUGAACCCUAAUGCCGAAGUUCUCAACAAAUCGGCGGCGCUGCACAUGAACAUCAACGCCGCUAAGGGGUUGCAAGACGUUCUCAAAACGAAUCUGGGUCCCAAAGGCACCAUCAAAAUGCUUGUUGGUGGAGCUGGCGAUAUCAAGCUCACUAAAGAUGGAAACACUCUAUUGAAAGAAAUGCAAAUUCAAAACCCGACUGCUAUUAUGAUAGCAAGGACAGCUGUUGCACAAGAUGACACUAGCGGCGAUGGAACUACAUCUACUGUGCUCUUCAUUGGCGAGCUAAUGAAGCAAUCUGAGCGCUACAUUGACGAAGGGAUGCAUCCUCGUGUUCUUGUUGAUGGCUUUGAAAUUGCUAAAAGGGCUACCCUUCAGUUCCUUGAGAAGUUUAAGACUCCUGUGGUGAUGGGUUCUGAACCAGAUAAGGAGAUCCUGAAAAUGGUUGCCAGAACCACACUAAGGACUAAGUUGUAUGAAGGAUUGGCUGAUCAAUUGACAGACAUAGUUGUUAAUGCUGUACUCGGCAUCCGAAAACCAGAUGAGCCUAUUGAUCUCUUUAUGGUGGAAAUAAUGCACAUGCGACAUAAGUUUGAUGUAGACACGCGGCUGGUGGAGGGACUAGUAUUGGACCAUGGUUCUAGGCAUCCAGAUAUGAAGCGAAGAGCAGAAAAUUGUUACAUCUUGACAUGUAAUGUAUCAUUGGAGUAUGAGAAGAGUGAAAUAAAUGCAGGCUUCUUCUACUCAAAUGCUGAGCAGAGAGAGGCAAUGGUUGCAGCUGAAAGGCGCUCAGUUGAUGAAAGAGUCAAAAAAAUUAUUGAGCUAAAAAAUAAGGUUUGUGCGGUCACUGAAAACAACUUCGUUGUUAUCAAUCAAAAGGGCAUUGAUCCCCCCUCUUUGCAUCUUCUUCAACAAGAAGGGAUCAUUGCCCUCAGAAGAGCAAAGAGAAGAAAUAUGGAAAGGCUUGUUUUGGCUUGUGGAGGAGAAGCUAUAAAUUCUGUUGAUGAUUUAACCCCUGACUGUCUUGGCUGGGCAGGUCUUGUCUAUGAGCACGUCCUUGGGGAAGAUAAGUAUACAUUUGUGGAAAAUGUAAGACAUCCACAUUCAUGUACAAUUUUGAUAAAAGGGCCAAAUGACCACACAAUUGCCCAAAUUAAGGAUGCUGUUCGUGAUGGGCUGAGAGCUGUUAAGAAUACCAUUGAAGAUGAAGCAGUUGUUUUAGGUGCGGGAGCUUUUGAAGUUGCAGCUAGACAAUACCUAAUUAAUGAAGUAAAGAAAAGUGUUCAAGGGCGUGCCCAAUUAGGUGUUGAAGCUUUUGCAGAUGCCCUUCUUGUGGUGCCAAAGACACUUGCUGAAAAUGCUGGACUCGAUACUCAGGAUGUCAUAAUUGGUCUUACGGGGGAGCAUGACAGAGGCAAUGUUGUGGGUCUAAACCAUCAAACAGGAGAACCUAUGGACCCCCAAAUGGAGGGUAUAUUCGAUAACUACUCUGUUAAACGCCAAAUUAUAAACUCUGGGCCUGUAAUCGCUUCACAGUUGCUGUUGGUCGAUGAAGUGAUCCGCGCUGGCAGAAACAUGCGGAAACCAACUUAGGCCUUGCCGUUUACACUGUUUUUGGGUUGAUACAUUAUGGCCUUUGGUAUCAUGUUUGAUGGGAGAUUUUGUAGUGUAUCCUAUUCCUAUUACUAAAGUGGGGUCAUGUAUUGUUCCUUCGUGAUCUGUUUUGGAGGACAUUUCCUUAAGUAAAUGUUAAUGGUUUGAAUUGGAA